AGACAGAGUUAUCUGCGAAGGAUAUUCUUGCCCAGCUGCCGAGUAAAGAUACAACGCUAAGCAUCAUGGUGGUCACAAAAAUACUCAGUGAUCGCGGAACGAACCCUCUUGGUAAUUUUGAAGUUCAGUAUAUGUAUGAUCCUAUUGGAAUCGAGGCGAUAGAACGGUACGUUUCACCUUGCGCUUGAAAUACUAAAUCGUCUUUGAAGAUCUUCACAAAUCCUCUAUGGCAGGAUGUUCUCUUAAUCUGCCUUGGUCUUGGUCCGAACACCAUUCGGUUACUCGAGACUUCUAGAAAAUCUAGUGUGCUAUUCUGUAGAAUUUUCUUAAAACUGUACAGAUGUCCAAGCAGGGGUGGAAAAAAUAUUUCACUUUCUGGGACCACAAGAGAACAUUGAAACAUUUUCUGCGAAUAAUCAAGUAAAUCGACACUCGCACACUGUAACUGUGUGACACUAACAAGUUGUCCAACUUAAUGUCAUGCUAUAUUUUAAGGUACAUAUAUAACAUAAAACUAACAUCAGGGGACUGAUCCUAAGGUAAAUUUACAGAUGCCAAAAAAUGGGCACUACUAGGGGGGUCUGGAAGCAUGGUGCCCCAGAAAAUUUUGAAAAUCAGGUGUCUCAGAUUGGCUAAAAAUAUAUUUGCCAUAUAUCACAUUUGUUACAUCAUUCUAUAGUCUCUACAUUUAUCCACUAUUGCACUAGUAAGAUAGAUGUGCUUCUAAUAGCAUUACUGAGGUCAUACAUACAGUGCAGAUUGUAACACUGCUCGUAGUCUUGCUGCUCCACUCUCUUGCUGCUAUUAGUGUCUCAUAGUUAUUGAAAUAUAAACAUGAUUAGGAAGGUUGUAAGUCUUUAUUUUAUGUUCUGUCUAAAUUUGGAUAAAUUUGUGUCAAUUUGUGCACGUCCAGGUUCUUUACCGCUUUGAUCUAUUUCUCGAAGUUGUCAGGUCUUUCUAGCCUUGUUUAUUAUGUUUCAAUAGCUAUUUUAUAUUCUAUGAAUUGUCAUGUUUUAUAAAAUUUGCAAGCAGCUAAUUAAGUAUGUUUGUGAAAUACAAUACAACGAAAACUUCGAGGAAUUUGUUUGCUUGGCUUCAAGUUUCAAUUCGUGUGAUGAUUUUAACAGGUUAAUCGAAGUUUUUGUUGUGUUUUAUUUGUGUUUUAUUAUCUAUUUAAAAUUAAAGGGCCCACAGUAAUUGGUACCAUACUGUUGUGGUGACCCUGCCAUGAAUGCAUGACAAUGGCGAAGUAAAUAAAUAAAUAAAUAAAUAAAUAAAUAAAUUCUUUCUAUUGGGCUCUGGGCAGAAUUUGUCCUCUGAAUUUCUCCCUUUGUCUAAGUUUCUACAAUUAUCUUUUUUUCUUUCUUGCAAAUAUUUUCUACAAAAUAACAUGAUUUCUGCAAGUCAAAUCUUCUUCAAAACGUAGAAAAUCCAUUUCAGAGACACUAGAUCUUAACAUUUGCUGGUGGAGCAUGUCCCUGGAGACCGGUAGAGUCAACCUCGUUCUCAGGGUAAGAAAGACCCGGGGACCGAGCUAGGUUGCCCCAGAGUUUUCCUACACACCACCAACCAAAUCUGCCGCUUAUGACAGUGAACAUUUUUCUUUUCAUUUUAUUAUUUUUGUCCAUACCUAGACGUCCAGAGAUUACGGUACCCCAGGAAAAUAUUUCCAACGACACUCUUUAAGGCGGUUUUCCAGUCCUCGCACGAAGCUCCUCCCAGCUCGCUGCGAGUGCUUGCAUCUAAUUAAAAUGAACGGUUCAGCAUUGUGAUUGGAUGAAGUACUCAGACAUGCAUCACUCGCAGCGGGCUGCGAGGAGCUUCGUGCGAGGACUGGAAAUCCGCCUUUAGCCAGACACUUUUUAGCCAGAUUUAAUUUUUAUUUGUCGUAACAUCAUGUUAUCACUGCAUAAUUGUACUGUUUAUCACUGCACAAUUUGGUAUUAUUAGUUAAAGGUCCAUUUCCACUGAAGAAGAUUUCCACGGACAGAAAAUUUUCCAAAAAUGUCAUUGUUAAAAGUUGAAAAUUUUCAAAUUCGAAUUUUUUCCAGACGGAAAAUUUGCGUCGGCCAAUCAGAUUUUACAAAAUUUUCUUUCUGUGGAAAAUUUUCCUGAGUGGAAAUGGGCCUUAAUAAUAGUAAUACUGCACACUAAAAUUACGUAUAUGUUUUUGCCUGGCGGUUUUACUAGUGCUCUUCUGUAAUUAUAGAUUCAAGAAACGACUUGGAGAAGUGGCACAGAUUAUUGAUGAAAGGAACAAAAGUCGUGAAUUUCCAUACCCAUAUUUGCACCCACUUGAGGUGCCUAAUUCUAUAAGCAUUUAAACCAGAAAAAUGGUUAAUCGAACAGCGAAUGUAACCGUGAGGAAUUGAAAAGUAUAUAGCUACCGUAGUCAAACCACGGGUUGAAAUUUUAGAAAUGUUUUAGUCAUCUACAGUAAAUGGUAGUUAAUCAUAUAUGUUAUAUAUUAUAUAUGUUAUAAGUAACAAAAUAAUAAAUUGUAAAACUCUGUGUUAGGCUCAAUCUAAUCUCACCCCCUGGAUUUUGUGUUAUAUGAAGUAUUCUCUUUGUAUAUAGAUAACAUAAAAAUCAGUUGUUUUUAAAUAUGUUUACUUAGCAAAUGCAAAUUAUAUGUGAAAGAAG